CAGGAACCCUGACGCGUCAAGAUUUUUGCUGGUGUGAUGUCCGACGUCUACCCCGGGACUUGCACUGAUUGACAAGGCACGGUUCCCUCGAGAUGUAAGCACCUUUUCCAUCCUUCAAUCCUAUCUACUUUGUUGUCGCAUCACAUUACACCAGUAUAGCCAAUAUGCGGCAUCUCUUAUACACGACGCUUGCCGUCGCCGCAAGCGUCGUCCUCGCAGCACCUUUAGCGGACGACGUCUCCGACUUCAACCUCCUCCACGCCCGCAACAUCGUCACUGAGAUCCAGGAUUCCUAUGACUUCGUGAUAGUUGGCGGUGGAUUGGCAGGUCUCGUGCUCGGUGGCCGUCUGUCAGAAGACUCGAACCAUACUGUGCUUGUCCUCGAGGCGGGCAGUAAUGGAGACGAAUACCGGGAUCGAAUAAAUACUCCCGCUGAUGCCUACUACGAGUCCCUCUGGCCAACGCCGCUGAAUUGGGCCUUCAACACCACCGCACAAGCUGGCAUGAACAACUCACAGAUGACCUGGCCUCGUGGCAAGACGCUUGGAGGCAGCUCAGCCAUCAAUGGAAUGUACAUGAACCGACCCGGCGAGAUCGAAGUCAAUGCCUGGCAAGUAAUGCUUGGAGACAUGGACGGUGCCGACAACUGGUCUUGGGAUUCCCUGUUUGCUGCCAUGAAGAAGAGUGAAACCUUCGGGCCUCCAACGCAAGAGAUCGCGCAGGAGGCCGGCAUCACCUACGACGCUUCGAGUCACGGCAGCCAUGGACCUAUUCAUAUGUCUUACCCCGGCUAUACCUUCCCACUCGUUGGUCAAUGGUCAGAAGCUAUGGAGAAUGUUGGCAUCCCUGUCUCUCACGACACAUACGGGGGCGAAAGUUGGGGCGCUUAUGUUUCAACCUCUGCCAUCAAUCCAACCAACUGGACACGUUCCUACAGUCGUUCUGGCUACCUCGACCCAUUGCCGCCUCGUUCCAACUACGACGUCCUUACUGACGCUCAUGUUACUCGAAUCCUAUUCAACUCUUCGUCCAAAGCUGGCAACUUAAGCGCAAACGCUGUAGAAUACUCACCCGAUGGUGGCGCCACCAAGCUUACGGUCAAUGUCAACAAGGAAGUCAUCCUAGCAGGUGGCACGGUCGGCAGUCCUGCUGUCCUGCUCUACAGCGGUGUAGGUCCUAAAGACGUUCUCGACGCUGCUGGAGUCGACGUUGUCUCCGAACUCCCGGGUGUCGGCCACCAUCUGCAAGAUCAUUUGAGUGCCACAGUUCAAUGGAGCACAGAUCAGUCGACGGCCGGUUCCUUGUACGCUGCCAACGGUUCCGAGACAACUGACUCGGCCUUCCUCUCCUAUGUCAACUCCGCAACCGCAUACGUUAACGCCAGCAACAUGUUCGGCGCCGGCAUGGCCGAUUUGAAAACCAGCAUCCUGCAACAGCUCGACUCUUUUGCUGCGAGUGCCGGCACAGACGAGACCGUUGUUGCCGGUUACAAGGCCAUCUACAACACCACCAUCAAUACCAUCUUUAGCAGCCAUAUUGGCCAGGUCGAACUUUUGAUCGGGAACAAUCUCAACGGCACCAUCAACAUUGGAUGCGCUAUUCAGCAUCCUUUCAGUCAUGGUCAAAUCUCCAUCAAUUCGUCCAACCCUAUGGAUUACCCUGUCAUCAACCCCAACUACUUGACACAUCCGGCUGACAUACAUAUUCUCCGUGAAGGCAUCAAGAUCGCCCGCAGGUUGGGCGAGGCCGAACCGUUGAGCAGUAGCAUGACCAAGGAGGUAUGGCCUGGCUCCGACGUCUCGUCCGACGAUGAAUGGGACGACUGGCUCCGCAACGUCGCUUUCACUGAGUACCACCCUUCUUCAAGCUGCGCAAUGAUGCCAUUGAAGCAAGGCGGCGUGGUUGACGCCAAUCUUCGCGUUUACGGUCUCGCCAACGUCCGGGUCGCUGACGCUAGUGUGCCGCCCACCGCCUUCUCUGCACAUCUCAUGAGCUCGACAUAUGGUAUUGCCGAGCAGGCAAGCACUCUUAUCCGAAAGUACUACAACAUCGACUCCAUACCCAAGAAGUCUCACCACAAUACCACGAGCACGGCGAAACCUAGCAGCUCGGCCAACAAUCCGGCCGCGAUGACCACCAGCACGAGCAGUGCCGCAAGCGCUUCCUCCACAAACGGCAGCGAUGGCGGCGUAUCAAUACAGCCUUGGACACUUAUCUUUGCCAUCGCUGCAACCGUUCUUUUCGAAUUCUGGCUGUGAAUAACGACUUUUCUCAGACUAGCGGCAUGACCCAGGGCGUUUGGUGUAAAGAAUUGGAUCCGGCUUUCUACGACUUCAUGCACAUGCCUUGCUCGUGAAGACAUAAGGGAGGAGAUUGAGCACCCUCCCGUCCAUAAUUCACUAAUUGAUUAAUAGAGGACUGCCAAGUCUUCGUACCAAACAAAA